CGGCCAAUACUCAAAAUGGAUAAAAUUAAAGACACGAAUAAAUUUAUUUGCAAAAGUCGUCGAAAGAUUGACUUGAAAGACAAAUUUUUUAAAGUUGACUCGCCCAUAGCAAAAUAUGAUUCCUUAGGUAAUUUAUCAUGCCUAAUAUGCAAGAUGCUUAUCAAGCCAAAUAUUUGGAAGGUACAUCUGAACUCAAAACAACACAAACAAAAUGUUGUGCUGGCUAAAGGACGAAGUGAAUUCGAGAAUGUUUCGGAAACUCAAAACACUACUAAAAGAAUGCAAAUAUCUCCUAAAACCGAUUGCAUUUCAAAUCCUGAAAUUAAUUUACAAUCGAGCACUGGUCAAACGGCUCACGUGACGCAAUUAAAUAAGUUUCAGGUAUUACCCGAGAAAUUUUUUGAUCAUGAGAAGUCAUUAUCUGUUUGUGGAACUGAACAAGAUCCCGAGGCGGAAUGGAUCAAAUUUCAAAAAGAAAUAAGGGAAGCGGCUACAAUUUCGAACAAUAUUAUAUCUGAGGAGCAGGAAAGUUUGAAUAUAAAACGGCAUCUGAAAGAAAUUGACGAACAACUUGAAAACUGGAAAAGGUUCAUAAAAAUAAAUGAUAAAAAAAACAAACUUUCCAAAAAAAAACGCAGGGAGAUAAACACAUUUACGGUCGAUCAAGAAUCAAGCUCCAGUGAAGAAGACAAUGUAGAUAACUUGUUAAAUUGGAGAAUAAAAAGUGUUCACAAAUAAAACUUA